CAAAUGCCCUUGCAUAAAAUUGAAAAAAUGAUUUUCAAACGCGAUUCCAAGUUAUCUGGAGAGAAUGAUCCAUUUAAACAAUCCUUUGCACCCAGAAAUUCAAAACAUCUUCCACCUGAAUUGAAAAAAUAUUGGAAUCAACGUUAUUUAUUGUUUUCGUUGUAUGAUGAAGGCAUUAUGAUAGAUGAAGAAGGAUGGUAUUCAGUUACACCGGAAUAUUUAGCAGAAUAUAUUGCUAAACGUUGUUCUUGCGAUACAAUUAUUGAUGCUAUGUGCGGUGUAGGUGGAAAUACAAUCCAAUUUGCAAAGACGUUGAUCGCAAUUGAUAUAGAUGAGAAAAAAUUACAUUGCGCCAAAAAUAACGCCAGUAUAUACGGAGUAGAAGAUAAUAUCGAAUUCAUUUUAGGAGAUUUUUAUGAUUUGAUACCUAAUUUGAAGGCUGACGUAGUGUUUUUGAGUCCACCUUGGGGAGGGCCAUCCUAUCUUAAGUCAAAAGGUUAUGAUAUUAAGACAAUGAUACUAGUAGAUGGUGAAAAAUUGUUCCGAGAAGCAAGAAAGAUCACAAAAAACAUUGCAUAUUAUGUUCCCAAAUCUAUAAAUUUUGACCAGAUGAGUAAAUUAUGCGAUCCUGAUGAAGUUUGUGAAUUCCAACAAGUAAUUUUUGGGGAGAAAAUUAAAUCAUAUGUAACAUAUUAUGGUAACUUAGUGGGUAAUCAUUUUAGUGAAGUAAUCAAAGUUCCAAAAUAUUGGGCCAAUGAUACUUCUGAUAAUCAUAUUAAGUCGGAAGAAUAUUAUGAUAACUUAGUGGACAAUAAUCUUAGUGAAGAGAUCAAAGUUCCAAAAUAUCGGGCCAAUGAAGAAAUUGAUGAUAAUUUAAUGAAUAAUAAUCUUAGCGUUAGUGAAGAAAUUCAAGUUCCAAAAUAUCGGGCCAAUGAAGAAAACUAUGAUAAUUUAAUGGAUGAUUUAAUGGAUAAUAAUAUUAGUGAAGAAGUCAAAAUUCCAAAAUAUCAGGUCAAUGAUACUUCCGAUAAUCAUACUCAAUCGGUAGAAACUGAAAAAAAUAGUAAAAAAAGGAAAAGAAAAAGAAGAAGAAAACGAACAAGUGAAUUUACUCAUACAAAGAAUAUAAAGAAUUAA